UCAAGCUUUUGCACAUUUAUUUAUUUGAAAAGAAAAUAGCAAUCCUAAUUAGUUUUGUAAAAACAGAAUGAUAAAAGAUAAAUUCUUUUUAUAUCUAUCAAUAUUAUUGGUGUUAAGGUAUUCUUGGUGAGAUUUCUUUAUUGUAAACACCCCCAUUGAGGCAAUAGACUCAACCUGUCACUUCCUUGUUGUACAAAAGUUUUAUUUUGAAAAGUUAGUCCAGCAUUUGACUUACGAGUAGUCUAAUUUUCGUUUUGUUUGGACGAAUGCAGGUUUUGCUUUAUAUUGGCGUUAAAACGUGCGGAUUUAGAGUUCUGGGUUUUCGGCGGCCGUGUGAAAGUUGCUCGCCAGAUUAGAAUCUCCACCAUAAUUCAGUUUACGCAGAAUGAGUUCCGUUUCAAAGGAAGACUUUAGGAUUAAAUGGCCAUUGCAUUUUUUGGUUUGGGAAAACGAUUAUAGACAACUAGAAAAUGAGAUAAAAACGAACAACGUAGAAGUCGUUGAUCCUCGGGGACGGACACCUGUCCACCUGGCCGUAUCACUGGGACACUUGGAGUCGGUCAGAGUCCUCCUGAGACACGGCGCCCAAGUAACCAAAGAGAAUGCCAAAGGAUGGACAGUGCUGCAGGAGGCUGUCAGCACAGGAGACCCCGAGAUGGUGGCGCUGGUUGUACAGAGGCGAGACUACCACAAAGCGUCAGCGGCCCUGGGGGGGGUUCCCGAGCUACUCGCCAAGAUCCGUGAGUCCCCAGACUUCUACAUGGAGAUGAAGUGGGAAUUCACCAGCUGGAUCCCCCUGGUGUCACGGAUGUGCCCCAGCGACGUGUGCCGAAUCUGGAAAAGUGGCUCCAACCUGAGGGUCGAUGCUACGCUGCUGGGCUUCGAGAACAUGACCUGGAUCAGAGGCAGGAGGAGCUACAUCUUCAGGGGAGAUGACAGUUGUACAGAGCUGAUGGAGGUGAACCACGACGAGCAGGUAGUUGACACGGAUCGCUUCGAUAUCUCCCGGGAGAUGGAGGAGGUAACACUGGACUCCAUGCAGCCUGCACAGCAGGAUGUGGCCAAGCGGUUGACCACACCCAUCGUCAACACCUUCCUGGACACACGGCACAUUGCCUUCGAGAGAAAUAAGUCUGGAAUCUGGGGCUGGAGGACAGAUAAAACGGAGGUGGUCAAUGGCUUUGAUGCAAAGGUCUUCACCGUGAACAACGUCAACGUGGUCAUCCGAACCAGGACGGAGCACCUCACCGACGAGGAGAAGGCCCGAAUAAAAGAUGAACGGAAUAUUCUGGAAUCUCUCCUGGGAACGGUAGAACAACACUUUAGCGCUCAAGGGGACAUGACCCUGGAGUAUGCCACUGCCACAAACCCCACAGCCAUCACGCCCGAGGAGUACUUUGACCCGGACUUCGACCUGCAGGACAGAGACAUCGGCCGGCCCAUUGAGCUCACCAUCCGGACGCAAAAGUUCAAGGCCACCUUGUGGAUGAGUGAGGAGCACCCGCUGUCCCUGGUGGAGCAGGUGACGCCCAUCAUCGACCUGAUGGCUCGCACCAGCAGCCACUUCGCCAGGCUGCGUGACUUCAUCACCCUCAAAUUCCCCCCAGGCUUCCCAGUCAAGAUAGAGAUCCCCCUCUUCCAUGUUCUGAAUGCCCGCAUCACCUUUGGGAACGUGAACAGAUGCAGCACCGAGGACAAUUCAGAAACCACACCCACGACGGAGGUGGAUGCCAGUGCAACGGCCCCACCUCUCUUCCAGGUCUGCCCCAGUGUGUUUGAGGUACCCGCACAUUACCGGCAGCGGGGAGGCACCCGGGCGGUGUCGUACUCUGACCAUGAGGAGGAGCUGCUCCAGUUCGCCAUCCACCAGAGCCUCCUCGAGGCGGGAUGCGGCACAAGCCAGGCAUCUUGGGAGGAUACCCCCGUAGUCCCGACGAUCAAGAGCCAGGGGAAUGGUUCCGUCCUGCAUGGGCCGCUGGUCGACCUCGGGGACUCUACAAGCCCAGGCAGCACUGGCUCCACCAGCAGGCCGGACAGCGACCUGCAGCUUGCUAUGGAGCUCUCAGCACAGGCCCAGGAGGAAGAGGAGCGACAGAGGAGAGAGGAAGAGGAGGAGCUGGAGCGAAUACUGAAGCUCUCACUGACUGAGAAGUAGAGGAGGAGCCGCAGCAAGAUUUAGUCUGCGUUUUAAAUUUUUAUUUGCCAAUAGAAGUAUAAAAUGUCCAAAACCCAGAUCUAGAGGAGUUGACCUGCUACAGAUCAGCACCAAACUAACUGCAAGCAGAGAACUAACUAGUACUAUCAACCAUAAGCCCCCAUCUGCUCAUGACAGGCAUUAUUUAUUAUUAUUGUUUACUAUUCUAAUAUAUAUAAACCCACACAAUUGUAUCCUGUUGUAGGCAUGCCAUUAACAGGCCAUGCCUGUGUCUCAUGAAUCAGUAUUGCUUUUAGGGUAUACAUUUAAAAAUGCCAUUUGGAUUCUGCAGCUUGGAAAACAAAGCAUCGUCAUUUAAUUCCGAUAAUAUGUUGCGAUCCAUACUAUAGCAAUGUGGUUAAGAGACUUCAGGGAUUUUUUUAAGAUCUCUCAGGGUUAUGUCAUAAUCUUCCAUUCUUCAAAAAAAAUGUGUAUCAAGGUAGGAAACUUCCAGAUGGACAUCAAAAUGUGGCUCAGAAGAUUCUGAGCCCUUCAAUUCAAGACGAGCAAUACUCACGCCAGCGUGCCUGUUUACGGGGCGCAGUGUCACCCCUGCCGGGGCUCGGCACUCCAAACCGUUCCCUCAUAGUUUUAUAUGUCGAUUUACAUGGACGUUCACUGUUAAACACUGACCGUAUGCUGGCGCACCAGUAAUCCUUUACCAGUAAGAGGAGUAGUCUGAGAAUUUUCUUUUUGUUUCUGUAGGUAGGGGGACAUGUGACCUCUGGGGUUUAAAUUGGACCCUGCUGAAUGUAGCAUUUUCCACAAACAGAGCGAUGUCUUCCCACGCUUUGAUUCCGACAGCAUGCUGUGCAUUUGAGGCCAAAGUGAUGAUGUAUGGCAGGGAGUUGAUGAUGAUUUAAGAGUUUAAAAAUUUAUUGUUUUGAAGCCUACUUCUUGAUACAAAUAAACCAGGAUAGUUAAACACACUGACAGCCAACAGUAUGUAGUAAUGUUUUUUAUUUUGAUGCAGUACUAAUGAACUUCAGGAUCUCAACUGAAUUUCAGUAUCACAAUGCCAAAAAUGAGACCACUUUUUUUUUUAUGCGGUGUAUUAACUAUAGAGCUCACGUUUUGACAUAUUACAUUAAACAAUUCAGUUUAUAAAUGUUUCUUUUUUAAAAUAAAAGCACUUUAUCACCAGUACCGUUUUCUGAGACCUCCUGAUGUAUGGCCCUGGUUGUACUAGGAGUUCCUAGCUCACUGAUCAUUAUAGGUAAUCUGUAAUAUACAACUUUCGCUGUCUUAGUAUGGCAGGGCAAAUCAAUAGAGAAAUACGCAGCCUCACACAGGGAUGCGGUGCCUUUUGAAUUGGUGGGUGCUAUCCCUGUCAAAGUAUGCUGCGUUUCUACCGCUCUGUUAUGUUUAAGUGGGAUGUUACUUAAAUUUUGAUAUUGACAUAUUGUUUGUCUCAGCUAAAUCUUAAGCACCCACUAAUUCAAAUUAAAGGUUAAGUUCAACUAUGUUAAUUUGUACUGUUUUAAAAUAAAUUAAAUGUGAUGUAAAUUA